AUGGAUAUAGAACACCCAGCGGAUUCCCAGGCUGAUAUGCCCGGGACGACUAUUAAACCCUCUGCUUGCACGCCUUGCCGCGUUGCGCACCUUAGAUGUGAUGGUCCAGGCCCUGUAUGCAAUUCUUGCCAGAAACGAAAUAGAGAAUGCGGGUACCCAGAGGUUUCCACGAAGCCAUGUCUGAUAUGUAAAACCAAGAAGAAAAAAUGCGAUCGCCAAGUUCCGUCAUGCACGACGUGCCUCCAAAAGAAUCAGACUUGUCAAUAUGAUUAUCCCUCGAUAUCUAGCAGGAGAACUCUACAGCCAGUCCAUAGGUCCUCUCAUGAUGGCCCUGACCGUCCCUUUAAAUUUCCAAGGCUGUCUAUGCCAACCCGUUUUACGGGUCAAACAAAAUUGCCGAUUCGUCCAGAUGACAAUAUCGCGGUUGACGUUCCCCCUCUUGCUCGAGCAAAGCUCUGCAGGCCCCAGAGUAUUGUGUCUGAUGAUAUCUCUGUGAGUGAAGGAGAUGCCGAAGCUGUGGGAAAUUCUGAACCUACAACAAAUGGGGACAUGCUGCCACUCUUUCAACGAUCUUUCAAGGAAGCAGAGGAGCAGCGGAGUGCUUCCGUCGAGUUUAUGGAGAUAGCCGGUCGGGGAGACAUGAAUGGCAACGACUUAGACCCGUCUGCAUGGAUGGCCGAGCUCAAAGAAGCGAUUUCGCAUAGAACAGACACGUCGAAACCAGGCUGUACCGUACAAGCAAAGCGAGAGCUUGCUAGACUAUCACAAACACUAAAAGAUAACCCUGGUAUUAUCGAGGUACAACCUAACGCAAGAGAUCUCCGAAUGCCUCCUCGAAAAGUCGCAGAUCAUUUACUCGCGGUUUAUCUCACUCGUGAAUAUGUUAAUCUACCAAUAUUUCAUCUCCCCGCAUUUCACGCCAAGUAUAUUGAACUGUACACAAGUGAAAAUUCGCCAGACGAUACGGGUGUUCUUCGUGGCAUAUUAAACGUUGCUUUCGCGUUGGGUUGCCUUGCCACUGGUCCUAAUAGUCAUGUUGAUGCUUCGAUGUAUUUCAUGAGGGCACAACGCCUCAUUCGACCGGGCUCCCUACAAGGAGUUAGCCUGUCGACUUUACAGGCAUAUAUCAUUACUUGCCAGUAUCUAAUGGCAAUAAACAACUUUGAGCCAGCCUGGGGCCUCAUUGGGCUUACAAUCCGUGUUGCCGAGACACUUCGACUUCACCUUGGCUCUGGAAGCCAGCAUUCUGAGGAUAGAGUUGAUAGAGAGCUCGCAAGGAGGCUGUGGCACAGCUGCAUUCUCCUCGAAAGGACUAUUGCCCUAAACCUGGGCCCACAUAUGAUUGUAACUCCGCGAUCGUUCCAGGCACCCCUUCCAACUCCGCUUGAAAACGAAUACGUGGAUGUAAUAUUUGGAGGCGAGCCAACCACAGCCUCUGAUCGCCCAUCGAUCAUAGAAUUUUUCACAGCGUAUACCCGCUUGAUGGAGAGAUAUGAAGACAUCAUUGCUGUGCAGGAAGAACUUCGUCCAUUCCUUCACCAUCCCCACAAGGUUAUGGAUACAUUUGAUUCCCGAAAUCUUCUAAACGCAGAUCGGAAGCUGUGCAACUGGAUGGCGGCUCUCCCUCCCUUCCUGGUGCCUGGUAGUACACACGGUUCGCUUGAAAACCCCAUUGCGAAACGACAGCACAAUAUUCUUCGCAUCAGGUAUCUUAACAUCCGGCUCCUUUUAUGGAGGCCACUCCUAGGCCUUGUCGCGGCAUCUCCAGAUCUAAUUAGUUCCGGAAUCCCCCUGCCCUCUAACCAACCGGAUGCAAUAACUGACUUCGUUGACUCGCCGAUCAUACGUACUAUCAUUUACAACGGUGCCUGCAAAUGCAUCCUAUCCGCCCGGGAAAUAAUAAGCAUUCUAAUAGCCAAUCGUCAAUCUGAUGGAAAAGUCGACCACCUCGCGCCUGUGCCAGCAUGGUGGGAAAACCUUACGCCCAUUUUCACCUGCGCUCUUGUUUUACUUGCUGCGCGCCUUUGCCCCGCUGAUCUCUGCAAGAAGCUACCAGGAGGCAAUAAGUCAAUAAAAGAGGCCUGGAAAGGAUGCAUGGAGCUACUCAAUGAAUAUCAAACUUUCAACUCCAAUGCUGGAACCUACUUGGAUGCUAUUGAGUCUCUGGCCACAUGUGUAGCCAAAAUAGCUAGUACUAAUCCAGGUGGUACUAGCGGUGAGAAGUCAGAGCCUCAACAGAUCAAUGAUGUAACGUGGCUGGAAGCUCUUCCAGGUGAUUUACCACGUUUAGAAUGA